UGGUUUAUUAUUAUUAUUAUACUGUAAAUAAAAUACGAAUCUCUGGUCCACACUCCAGUAAAGCAGGUGGCGGUUAUGCACCUUAAAAAGUAGGUGCCUUGCGCCAAUUAAAAAAAGAAGAAAAAAAAGAAGAAGAACUUGUCUUGACUAUGCAGCGCGCUACCAGAGCACUGAGAGCAGGCCUGAGGUCAGCUCACCACGCUUUUCUCCCCAGACUCACGACACCCCGCUUCAGUCAACUGCGCAGCCUGUCUCGGGACAGACCCCCCGUCACUCUGCUGGGCUCCAUGGCGUUUGGGGGACGCGCGGACGCGCACCUGAGCGCGCAGCUGGUGCAGCUGUUCUUAGAGCGCGGCCACGAGGAGCUGGACACCGCGUUCAUGUACAACGAUGGACAGGCGGAGACCAUCAUAGGAAACAUGCAGCUUCCCAAAACAGUUCGAAUCGCGACUAAAGCAAACCCCUGGGAGGGAAAGACACUCAAACCAGAAAGUGUCCGGGAUCAGCUGGACACGUCCCUGAAGAGGCUGCGCACACAGUGUGUGGACCUGUUCUACCUUCACGCGCCGGACCACCAGAACCCCAUUCAGGACACACUACAGGCCUGCAACCAGCUGCAUAAAGAGGGCAAAUUCAAACAGCUGGGCUUAUCAAACUAUGCAUCAUGGGAAGUGGCAGAAAUCUACUGCAUCUGCAAACACAAUAACUGGGUGCUUCCUACUGUAUAUCAAGGCAUGUAUAAUGCAACCACACGUCAGGUGGAGACUGAGCUGCUGCCAUGUUUGAGAUACUUUGGCAUCCGUUUCUAUGCAUACAAUCCCUUGGCAGGUGGGCUUCUGACUGGAAUAUAUCACUAUGAAGAUCAAGACGGUCCUCAGCCCGCGGGUCGAUUCUUCGGGAGCAGCUGGGCUGGUACUUACAGAGACAGAUACUGGAAGGAGAGUCAUUUCCAAGGCAUAGAUGGCAUUCGGAAGGCUCUGGAAGCAGCGUACGGCUCAGAGAAGCCCACCCUGACAUCAGCUGCUAUUCGCUGGAUGUACCAUCACUCUCAUCUGAGGGGUGAUCUGGGUGACGGGGUCAUUAUCGGGAUGUCCAGCAUGGAGCAGCUGCAUGAGAACCUGACAGCAGCCGCAGGAGGUCCGCUCAGACAGGAAGUCGUGGAUGCUUUCAAACACGCCUGGGAUUUAGUGGCCCAUGAGUGUCCAAACUACUUCCGCUAGACGCCCCGUGACAGUUAGAGAAUAAAAUGACACGAAACCUGAUUUAUAAGAACUAAUACAGAGAUCACUUUAUUUUUUCUGUGUUCAUAUUUUGAGUGAACAGUGAUAGUUGAGUUGUACCAGAUUUCAGCUUCCUAAUAAACACAAUGACAAAAUUAAA